CGGGGCGGACUCGCUCUGUCUGUGCUUAAUGCUUAUUUAAUCGUUCAGGUAAACUUUGGUGCGGCUUAGUUUGGGUCAGUUUGCGGUUCGGUAUCGGUUAAACAGACCAGCUGUGCGCAGGAAAAAAACGAGACGAACGAAACAGAAGGUAUCCCGCUGAUAGUCGGCAUUGUUUGUAGUGAUUCUGGUUUGUUACUAUUGUGUUUGUGUCCCUGUGUGACGAGAAGAAGGAAGUGUUACGAGCUGUGAGAAGAGAAUUAGCUGAUCAAAUAAUCACACCUCGGAUGUUCCUCAUUGGGUACGAUAUCGCUGCUGCGCAGAGCUAUCUUUUAACAACCAGACGGCCUGAUUUCCCGAUUUGAAAAUGUUUCCCCGACAACUGCUUCUCGGUGGCAGCCUACUGCUGGUGACGGUGGUGGUGGCCACUUCCGCCCAGCAAACCUACCAAAACGACCCCUCCCAGAAUAGCUACCAGAUACGGACGCCAAGCUUUCAGCAGUCCUUCACCCGAUACUUCAACGGUCAACAGGGCAGCCUGCUGGCAGCCCAGCAGCAGCAGCAGCAGCCCCAGAGCCAACAGUAUGCACAAUUGCCCCAAACCUACAGCCAGAAUGAUCCAUCCUACUAUGGCCAGCAAUACCAACAGCAACAGCAGCAGCCCGAUUAUCAACAGCACUUUUCCCAACCAUACAGCCGCUUCGUGUCUCAAUUUGGUGGAAAUUCAGCAGCUUCCGCCGGGCAGCAAGCCCAGUAUUCGAGGAUUCAGGAGAAUUACAUCAAUCCCAACAUAAGACUAGCCGCCGAACAGCAGAGACUGGGUCAGCAGCAGCCCCAGCAGCAGUAUUACAGCCCGGAAGCCAUCCAAGCUUACCUCCAGAGCCAGCAGGCCGCCCAAACCACAGCUUACAAUGCCCCGCAACAACCCCAGCAACCGGACCCACAAUCCCAGUAUGAGUUCAUCCAGCAGCAGCAGCUGCUGCAACAGCAACAGCAGCAACAACUGAUCCAACAACAGCAGCAAUAUCAACUGCAACAACAGCAGCAGCAGCAACAACUCGUCGCCCAACAACAACAACAACAGCAGCAGCAGCAACCAGAACAGCAGGCUCCGGCAGCAGCCACCGAAGCGGCCACCCAGGCUAAACGCGCCUACUCGCCCUCCAACCAGGUGUCCCAGGUCAACUACUCGGGCAAUGGACUCAAGUAUAACUUCUGAAAAUGAUAUGGUGAUAUGCAUCUGGGAAGCGACCUAAUUUUCCCCGUUAAUUAAAUGUUUAGUUUAGCCACGGUUAUGUUUUGUUUGUUGAGAAGUGUUGAGCUCGUAUCCGGAGACUGAUGAGAAUAAAUUUAUGUUUUUUU